CGCGCACACACACCCUCCCUCCGUCCCUCCCUCUCUCCCGCCGGCUCGACUGCCUCUGCCUCUGCCUCUCGCUUGCAGCCGGCAGCUGCACCUGCUCGCCUCCAGCCCUCGCCCCCAGCCCUCGCCCUUAGGACUCGCUCGAGCGGGGCCGGGGAUGUGGUCCCGGAGUGGCGGCGCGGGGACGCCGGAGCCCAGCGGCCUCCUGCCCCCACUAUCCCUGAGCUCUCAAUCGCAGCAGGCCCGAGAAGGAAAGUGACCAGGGCAGCAACUGGAGCCUGGGCUGAACAAGUUAAGGGGAUUUUCUGCCCACCUUCCAGGUUGUCCUCCAGCCAAAGGUCUGUCCAUUUGCUGAGAACUGAUAAAACUUCUGCCUCAGGUUCACCUAAAAUGUGGUGCCCCGAGCUGAUGCCAGACAGGGUCUGAUCAGUGCAGACGACACUGGUUCUUCUUCCUCCAGCUCUCUUGAGCUCUGGUCAGCUCUGGAGUCUUCUUCCCUGGGAGCCCCAGUACACAUAUAGGCUGUAGUUUCACUUGGGCAGCUCCAUCAUACCCCAGCUCUGCCUGGACCCUCUCAACAGCAGCACCCUGGGGAGUGCUGGAGCCUCUGCACAAAGCAAAGAAAAGGCCAAGAAACACGUGCAUGGUGGCACCACAGUGGACAGGACAUCAUUCUCCCUGCCUCCGGGCACCAGUCCCUUUGCAUCCUGACACCAUCUGACCCAGGUGAGAGAGAGGAUGAUCGCCGGGGACGCUAGCAUGCACACCCCCAUCCUGGCCUGCUGGCAGCCCAUCCUCCUGCUGGUGCUGGGCUCUGUCCUGUCCGGCUCGGCCACCGGCUGCCCGCCCCGCUGCGAGUGCUUGCCCCAGGAACGCUCGGUCCUUUGCCACCGUAAGCGGUUCAUCGCUGUGCCCGAGGGCAUCCCCACCGAGACCCGGCUGCUGGACCUGGGUAAGAACCGCAUUAAGACGCUCAACCAGGACGAGUUCGCCAGCUACCCCCACCUGGAAGAGCUGGAGCUCAAUGAGAACAUCGUCAGCGCCGUCGAGCCCGGCGCCUUCAACAAUCUCUUUAACCUCAGGACUCUGGGGCUCCGCAGCAACCGACUGAAGCUCAUUCCCUUGGGCGUCUUCACGGGCCUCAGCAACCUGACCAAGCUGGACAUCAGCGAAAACAAGAUCGUCAUUCUCCUGGACUACAUGUUCCAGGACCUGUAUAACCUCAAGUCCCUGGAGGUCGGGGACAACGAUCUCGUCUACAUUUCCCACCGAGCCUUCAGCGGCCUCAACAGCCUGGAGCAGCUGACGCUGGAGAAAUGUAACCUGACCUCCAUCCCCACGGAGGCCCUCUCCCAUCUGCACGGCCUGAUCGUGCUGCGGCUGCGCCACCUCAACAUUAACGCCAUCCGGGAUUACUCCUUCAAGAGGCUGUACCGGCUCAAGGUUCUGGAGAUCUCCCACUGGCCGUAUCUGGACACCAUGACAUCCAACUGCCUCUAUGGCCUCAAUCUGACCUCGCUGUCCAUCACUCACUGCAACUUGACCGCCAUCCCCUACGUCUCAGUGCGCCACCUGGUCUAUCUGCGCUUUCUCAACCUGUCCUACAACCCCAUCCUCACCAUCGAGGGGUCCAUGCUCCACGACUUGCUCCGGCUGCAGGAGAUCCAGUUAGUCGGGGGUCAGCUCAUGAUGGUGGAGCCCUACGCCUUCCGAGGACUCAACUACCUGCGUAUCCUGAACGUGUCUGGGAACCAGCUGACCACGCUAGAAGAAUCCGCUUUCCACUCAGUGGGUAACCUAGAGACGCUGAUUCUGGACAACAACCCCUUGGCGUGUGACUGCCGCCUCCUCUGGGUCUUCCGGCGCCGCUGGCGGCUCAACUUUAACAAGCAGCAGCCCACGUGUGCCACGCCAGAGUUUGUCCAGGGCAAAGAGUUCAAGGACUUCCCCGACGUUCUCUUGCCUAAUUAUUUCACCUGCCGCCGUGCUCGGAUCCGGGACCGCAAACCCCAGCAGGUCUUUGUGGACGAGGGCCACACGGUGCAGUUUGUUUGCCGGGCCGACGGAGACCCACCCCCCGCGAUCCUUUGGCUCUCGCCCCGAAAGCACCUCAUCUCUGCCAAGAGCAACGGACGGCUGACGGUGUUCCCCGACGGGACGUUGGAGGUGCGCUACGCCCAGAUCCAGGACAACGGCACCUAUCUGUGCAUCGCUGCCAAUGCUGGCGGCAACGACUCCAUGCUGGCUCACCUGCACGUGCGGAGCUACUCGCCCGACUGGCCCCAUCAGCCCAACAAGACCUUCGCCUUCAUCUCUAACCUGCCCAACGAGAGCGACGCCAACAGCACGCGCACCACCGUGCCUUUCCCUUUUGACAUCAAGACUCUCAUCAUCGCCACCACAAUGGGCUUCAUCUCCUUCCUGGGCGUGGUCCUCUUCUGCCUUGUACUCCUGUUUCUCUGGAGCCGAGGGAAAGGCAACACGAAGCACAACAUUGAGAUCGAAUAUGUCCCCCGCAAGUCGGACGCUGGCAUCAGCUCUGCUGACGCGCCUCGCAAGUUUAACAUGAAAAUGAUCUGAGACAGGGCAGGGGGCAGGGGUGUCCAGGGGUGCAGGAGGUGACCACCCCAGGCCCACAGGACAUGAAACUUUGAGACUUAACACGGUUCUCUCUCUCUCUCUCUCUCUCUCUCUCUCUCUCUCUCUCUCUCUCUCUCUCUCUCUCUCUCUCUCUCUCGUCUCCUUCCACUUCUCCCAUUCUUUCCACCCCAUCACACCCCUCUGCCCUCGCCCCCUGUCUACUACACAGCCCUGGCCUGGCCCCAGCCCUCGCCAUCUGCUCUCUUUAUACAAGGACAACAUCUGGCCAGGUGUUUGGACUCAGUGUUUGUAGGGACAUGCUCUGACGGACUGGGGUCAGAGCCCACUGCAAAACAAAACAGACGAACCAACCAACAAACACACACAAAAAAAUUCAAUAAAUCAAUAAAAAAGUUAAGAACUUCCUCUGUAACUUGGGUUUCAAUAAUUAUGGAUUUUUAUGAAAACUUGAAAUAAUAAAAAAAACUAUUUCCUAUAGAUA